UACUAAAGGUGACCGUGCAGCCGCUCACUGCUGCUCAUUAUUUAACGUCUUUGAAGUGAGCGGCAGCGGGGAGACGCGCAUGCGGCAGAUCAGCUGUGCGUGCUGCAGGACGCUGAGCGCGGGGAGAAUGCAUGUGCCGCCUCAUGCACCAACCUCAACUCCUCAAGUGAACUACCUAUAGGCUGGUUUUUUAAUUCUUUUUUUCAUCUUGGCUACAUUUUCUCACCUUGCCAAUGACGCUCGGAUGUGGAUAAACCGCCGCGCAUGCGUCGCUCUUGGAAUCUUGCAGCCUAAGUUGCGUCCCUGUGUUUGUGUGAAAGUGUUUGGCAGGAUGUGGACCGCUGUGGCACGCGGGGGCUUGGGCUGGGGGGUCUGCUGCUGCUUGUCGCUGCUGGUAACAGUAGUGAUCGGGGCGCAGAGUGCAAACGAGCCCAGCAACAUGUCCUACGUGAAAGCCACCGUGGACAAGCUGCUGAAGGGCUAUGACAUCCGUCUGCGGCCUGAUUUUGGAGGUGCUCCUGUGGAUGUGGGCAUGAGCAUAGACAUCGCCAGCAUCGACAUGGUGUCUGAAGUCAACAUGGACUACACCAUCACCAUGUACUUCCAGCAGUCGUGGAGAGACAAGCGGCUCUCCUACACCGGCAUUCCUCUCAAUCUGACCCUGGACAACCGGGUGGCCGACCAGCUGUGGGUCCCUGACACCUACUUCAUUAAUGACAAGAAGUCUUUCGUUCAUGGCGUGACGGUGAAGAACCGGAUGAUCAGACUGCACCCUGAUGGAACUGUUCUCUACGGUCUCAGGAUCACCACGACAGCUGCCUGCAUGAUGGACCUGCGCAGAUACCCACUGGAUGAGCAGAACUGCACCUUGGAGAUUGAAAGCUGUAAGUGGCUCUGGCUUU